AUGUCUCGUUCCUGGCCUAGAUUGAUGCUACUUUGGAAUGGAAACGAUAAGUCGACGCACAUAUAUGGAAAUUUGACUCCUUUAUAUUGUCGACUAAGGGUGCUAACUGUAAUGUUUCUGUCUGCAGCAUUAGUUGACAAUAUUCUGUAUAACUAUUUGACCAUUUCACAUCUUCCAGAAGGAUGGUCGAUUGACGACAUUCUUAAACAAGAUUUUAGCCUCAUUUUCACCUUUAUACCGUAUUCUACGUGGACAGGCUUAGUAUUUUCAAUGAUCACAUUCACAUGCAGAUUUACGUGGACCUAUGGCGAUUUGUUGUUGAUGAUAAUAUGUACAUCAUUAGCAGAAAAGUACAGGCAAAUAAAUAAAGGGAUAGCGAAAGCGGUUAACACGAAUGUACAAAAUAUUGCAUUUUGGAAGAAAGUACGACAGGAUUACGGAAGAGUUUUUAGAUUAUGCCAAGCAGUGGAUGAUCAUAUAAGCAACUUGCUCAUUUUGUCAUUUGCUAAUAAUAUACUCGUUAUAUCAAUGCAAUUGUAUAUCAGUAUAAAGUUAUUGUUACCAAUACAAAGGGCAAUAAUGCACGUAGUUAAAAACAUGAAAUUACUUUAUGCCAAGCAUUCCGGGUGUUUAUCAACUUAUGAAAGUUUGAAGUUUACUUUUAUACUGGGAAAAUGUUUUGGUAUGUUUCCAAUGGAAGGAUUGGCGAGCAGAAAUCUGCGGAUGCUAAAAUUUCGGUUGAUUUCGAUCCCGACUGUUUACACCGCGGUGUAUAUGGUAGCCAUGCUGAUGCUAAGCUUUAUGUGUACUUUUACAUGGAAUUACACGGACUUGUUUAUAAUACUCCUCAGCACAGCAUUAACGUCCAAACUAAACUGCAUGAAUUAUCGGAUGCGCAUGGUCUUGACUGACAAGUCCAAAGACAUGACACUGUGGAACAAACUACGGCACGACUUCAACUCAGUUUCCGAUUUGUGCAAGUUAUUAGAUCACGAAAUUUCCGACAUAGUUUUCUUAUCCUUCGGCAUCAACUUAUUUAUUAUACUCGUACAACUGUAUAACAGCUUAAAACCGCGUAGCCAAAGCGUCGUUGGGCAAGUAUACUUUAUGUAUUCCUUCAUGUUUUUGAUAUUCCGGGCGGUUGGUGUGCUGUUAUAUGGUUCUAGCAUUCACGAAGCUAACAAAGAAACGGGAAUUAUUCUGAUGUCCACUCCAUCUGAUGUGUAUAAUCCUGCUAUUAUGGACAUAUUCCGCGGACUAAAUUUUCCAGAAAUCCUUUUCGAUCCUUUGUAG